AUGGCCCCCAGUCCCCGGCAGCCCUUCAGUGGGCAGGGGGUGCGAAGAAUCUCCGGAUCGAAUGUUGGUGGAAGUGUCACCCUUCGGAUAGGCACAGUGAACGUUGGGACAAUGAAGGGAAGGAGUGCAGAAGUGGCGGACAUGUUGAAGAGAAGGAAAGUUGAUGUGUGUGGGUUUCAGGAGGUAAGGUUUAAAGGUGAAGGUACGAGAGUCAUAAAGGGUGAAGAUAUUGGAGCGAGAUUUAAGUGGUUUUGGAAGGGAAACGGAAGUGGCACGAAUGGUGUUGGCUUUGCGAUAAGAGAGGAUUGGGCGAAGUCGGUUGUAGCAGUGAAGAGAGUUUCGGACAGAGUCCUGAGAGUUGAUGUAGUUAUUGAGGCCGAAGUUGUGAGUUUCGUUGUGGUGUAUGCUCCGCAGGUUGGACGAAGUGCGGAGGAGAAGGAAAAGUUCUACGACAGCGUGUAUGCAGUGAGCAGACAUUAG